CAUCUAUUUAGUAGUACAUUAUUAAUAUAGGUUUUGUAAGGAUAGUUUCUGUGGUAUAAUUCUAGGAUGUCUAUGGAAACUAAAUCCAGCAAUGUUCCAGUUGCUGAAACUGGGACAGUAGUAAUUAUUGAAAGAACGGAUUGGAAAGCUGACACUCCUAAGAAUGUAGAAAACAUGAAAGUCGAAAAAAUUGAAAAUAUUGUGAUGACGACAACAGGCACAGACAUAUGCAAGACUAGAGAAGAAUGCAGCCUACGAGUAAAAGAAAUACAGGAGAAGGAUAUGAGUGAAGGACACCCUGAUAUAAGAUACAAUUUUCUAGUGGCUGAAGAUGGUAACGUCUAUGAAGGAAGGGGGUGGAAGGUGAGCACUAAGGUAUCAAGAAAAGAUGGCGACCAAUUCAGUUAUUUGGACGGAAAGUGUCUUUACAUCGCGUUUAUAGGCCCGUUAGACAUGACGCCGUCUUCAGAGAUGUUCACAGCAAUGUCGGGUCUAAGCAGUGUUGGGGUUGACAAUGAUUACAUCGGCAGGGAAGUGAAGAUCGUCAGGAUAGAUGGAGAGAAGUCCCAUGUUUAUGAUGUUAAUUUGGACGAAGUCCUAGAGGACGAUAAAAGCACGAAAGCAUAUGAAUCAUAUACCGUGGAAGCCAGACAUUAAUUUUUUUCUGGCUUUACAGAACCUUUAUGCAUUAAACUGAUAUGUGCUUCGGUUUUGCACUUUUAAGUACAAAGCUUGUUUUAGUGUUGUAGAAUAUCUUAGAUUUAGCAAUUGAACAUUAGCAGUAAACAUUUUUGCUUAAAUGUAACCAAACGUGAAUCACUUAAUUAUAUACAAUACUCGUUCUACUUUAAAUUAUUAUGUGUAAAUAAUUUUAGUUUAAUUUCGAGCGAAUAUUAAUAACAGGUUUAUAAAAUAACACAAUGGCUAAGGUGCUAGGGUUAAUAAAAUAUUUAAUUAUUUUUUUUAUAAUGUUAUAAAAUCCAUAUUUGUAAAAACCUAUUUGUGCUUUUGGUAAUUAUCUAUUACUUUGAGGUAAUAUAUUAAAUUAUUAGUGAGAAAUGUUUUUUUUAAACGGGAUUAAGGGACUUUAAUAAAAAUUGUGCAUUCUGUGAAAUACCAAUUAAUAUGUUCUUGUCAAUUGUAUCAGCGCAAUUAAACGCUUAUGAA